GCUUACUCCAAUCUACAAGCACAUCACUCUUUCAUUCGUAUGCGCCCGUCCUACCCCGCCACCAAGACAGAGACCCAGACCCAGACCGAGACCGCGAUCGUCCUGCUCUUCAAACAUAUGUCCUCCACUCGUAGCUAGAUGUUCGCCCGUUGCAAAGCCCCGACUUGGGGGGUCGAUGAUUUCUCAAAAUGUUUUGAGCGAGACUAUCUCCAAACAUUAUUCCCCCUCAUAGUCUGCGGAGUCUCUCUCCUCUAUCUCCUCUUCCAGUCCUAUCAAGCUGCUAGAGCCUCAAAAUAUUACCACGCAUAUUCACAGCUCGAUGAUCCCCGCAAUGUCUGGUCAAUACGAACUCCUCACUACGACGCCAACGACGAUGCCGACAGCGACACCGAAGAUGAGCUCGAACGCAACGAACGGUUGGCAUUGCGCCCCUCCCUCUCCCGCAAUACUGCUUCCACGAUGGCUGUCAACAAACCCAAGGGAGAGAUCACGGUGGUCGUGCUAGAGGAAGCCACCGUCCUGGCUGCGUUGGGCUUGCAUGUCGCCAUUUUCUUUACGGGAGCAUAUGGCCACAAGGGUCAGAUUGCAGCCAUUGCGAACAUUGCCACCUGGGCGUACGUUGCGACGCUCGCAUCCUUGCGUCUGCUUCUCUCCAGCACCCACAAGCUCUCUUUUCCCCGACUCUGGUACCACACCGCGUUCAUUUACGGCUUCCAAUGGGUCUUCUCCGUCCUCCUCUUCCGCUCGGCCCUCCUUCAUCCGCAAUCGAAGCUCCACCAAAAGUUCGCGAUCGUGGAUUUCGCUCUCAUCACCCUCCUUUUCCUCAUCUCAUUGACUUCCCGCAAGGGAAAUAAGGCGGUGGAGCUGGAAUAUGAGGGAGAUAUUAAACCCGCACAGGAGCCGAUCGCCAGCGUCCUCUCGCUCGCGACUUUCACAUGGGUUGACUCGAUCGUCUGGACAGGAUACAAGAAGUCUUACGAGCUUGCUGAUGUUUGGAACCUGGCCCCGAAGGACAAGGCGGGCGCGGUCAUUGAAAACUAUCGCCAAGUCAAAAAGACCUCUGCCCUCGCCUACCACCUGCUCAAACAUUUCAAGCGCGGAUUGCUGAUCCAAGGUUUCUGGGCAGUCAUCUCCGGUUUCCUCACUUUCGCGCCCACUAUGCUCUUGAAGGCCAUUUUGGAAUACAUCGAGGCGCCCGAAUACACCCCCCGGAACGCUGCCUGGUUUUACGUCAUCCUCCUCUUCGUGUCCGGAUGUGCCUCCGCACUAGCCGACGGACAGGCUCUCUGGAUCGGUCGCAAGAUCUGUAUUCGACUCCGUGCUGUUGUCAUUGGAGAGAUCUACGCAAAGGCAUUGAAGCGUCGCGUGGCUACAGGCGCUGACAAGGUCCUAGGAGAGAGCAAGGCAAAGGCGAAGGGCGAGGACGAGGAGGAACAGCCUAAGGGAAUCAAGAGGAUCAUGACUUUCGGCCGAAAGAAGAAGAAGAACAACGAAGAGCCUGGCAAAUCCACGACCGAGGACGAUACCGCCAAGACAGGCGACGACGAGAGCCAGGUCACCACCGGAGCCAUCAUCAAUCUCAUGGCCGUCGAUGCAUUCAAGGUCAGCGAGAUCUCGGCGUACCUGCAUUUCCUGUGGGCGAAUACUCCCGUUCAGGUCGUCAUGGCUGUUGCAUUGCUCUACAGAAUCCUUGGUUACAGCUCGAUCGCAGGCAUUGGCAUGAUGGUCAUUCUCCUGCCCAUCAACCUGUAUGUGGCUAAGCAGUUCUCUGCCAUCCAGAAGCUCAUCCUUGCCGCCACGGAUGCCCGUAUCCAUUCUACCAACGAGGUCCUAAGCAACAUCCGUAUCAUCAAGUAUUUCGCUUGGGAGCAGCGCUUCAUCGGAGUUGUCAACGACAAGCGCUACCAGGAGCUUGCUCAUCUCAAGCGCCGUUACAUCCUCUGGGCGGUUGCUGCCACCAUAUGGUCCGGUUCUCCCAUCCUUAUUACUUUCCUCUCGUUCCUGGUCUACACCAAAGUCGAGAACAGGGAUCUCAUUCCCUCCGUCGCCUUCACUGCCCUUUCGCUUUUCCAGAUUCUACGCAUUCCGCUUGAUCAGCUAGCUGAUAUGAUCGCCCACGUUCAAGAAUCUAAGGUGUCGGUCGACCGUAUCGAGGAGUACCUGAGCGAGCCAGAGACAGAUAAGUACUCGCAACUCAUCAGCAAGAAGCAGGAUGCGGAUGGAAAUCCCGUCAUUGGAUUUGAAAACGGCACAUUCAGCUGGGGCGGAAAGGAUAUGACGGAUAAAGCUUCCUCCGAGGCCUUCAAACUCAUGGAUCUGGACUUCGAAUUCAAGGUUGAGGGUCUUAACGUCGUGAUUGGUCCAACCGGCUCCGGCAAAACAUCCCUUCUAAUGGCCCUGCUCGGAGAGAUGACAAAACUGAAGGGAAGCGUUUACCUACCUGGUGGUGUCAGCCGCGAAGACUUGAAGGCCGAUCCCACCACCGGUCUCACGGAGAGUGUAGCCUACUGUGCCCAACAGGCUUGGCUUGUGAAUGGAACCAUCCGCGACAACAUUGUCUUUGCCAGUACCUGGAACGCCAAGCGGUAUAAGGAUGUCAUCGAGGCCUGCUCCCUUCAACGUGAUUUGGAUAUCCUUGACGGCGGAGACCAAACCAUUGUCGGCGAAAAGGGUGUCACGCUUUCGGGAGGACAGAAGCAACGUAUCUCUCUUGCACGUGCAAUGUACAGCAAGGCUCGCCAUGUCCUUCUUGACGAUGUCCUCAGCGCUGUCGAUUCCCACACCGCCAAAUGGAUUUUCGAGAAGGCUCUUACUGGACCUCUGAUGCGAAACCGCACUUGUAUCUUGGUGACACACAACGUCAGCCUGUGUCUUCCGCCAUCUGAUUUUGCCAUCGUGCUUGAUAAUGGUAGGGUAACUUCACAGGGAACCCCCGCCGAUGUCAUCAACUCUGGCAAAAUGACCGAAGAUCUUACCAAGUCUGUACCGGCCUCGCGUGGAGCAUCACGAGUCCCUUCUCUCACCAACCUCAACGCGAACGGCGAAGAAGCUGCCGAUGACCACCAUGCAAAUGGACUGAUCAACGGCGAUGCCUCUGGACCCACGGAUACUAAGGCAAGCCCGAACCCUUAUGAAGAGACAAAGGCUGAAGGUGGUGUCAAAUUGAGCAUUAUCAUCAUGUACCUCAAGGCCAUGGGCCCAUGGUACUACUGGAUUGGAGCCGCAUUCACUUUCGCCGCCCAGCAAAUUUCGUCGGUCUCGACAAACGUCUGGAUUCGUCAAUGGGCGAAUUCGUAUGCGGACAAGAGUAUUAAUGCAAUGGGACACCAUGCGCGAACCCCGAUUACCCACGUCCCGACAUUGAAUGGCCUCGGCACUUGCCUUAACAGCGGCACCUGCAGCUGGAAUAUUCCCUUCUUCAGCACGCCCGACAAGGCACAGUACUCAUACGGCAUGAUGCAAACCAGCUUCACGGCGAAUAAGAAUGACGAUGUCAACUCUGAUUACUUCCUUGGAGUCUACGCCAUUCUUGGUCUGAUAUUCAUGUUCAUCACAUUCAUCCGAGAAGGUUUCCUGUUCAGCGGCUCAUUGGCGGCAUCACGAAGAGUUCACGAGCGGCUUGUUCAAGCUAUCACUCAUGCAAAGUUCCGUUUCUUCGAUCAGACGCCCCUUGGUCAGCUCAUGAACCGAUUUUCCAAGGAUAUUGAGGCUGUCGACCAGGAGGUUGCGCCUGUGGCUAUCGGUGUCGUGCAUUGUCUCGCUUCCAUCAUCACUAUCGUCAUCCUUAUCUCGAUCAUCACACCUGGGUUCUUGAUUGCCGGCGCUUUUAUUACCAUCUUGUACGCCGCUAUCGGUCGGUUCUAUCUCAGUUCCUCGCGCGACCUCAAACGUCUCGAGUCGGUCCACAGGAGUCCUCUCUACCAGCAAUUCGGCGAGACCCUAUCUGGAAUGACCACCAUCCGUGCAUAUGGCGAUGAGAGGCGAUUCAUCCGCGAGAAUCUCACCAAGAUCAACACUCAACAUCGUCCCUUCAUCUACCUUUGGGCAGCUAACAGAUGGCUCGCAUUCCGUGUUGAUGUCGUGGGAGCUUUGGUUUCGUUCUUUGCCGGCGUCUUCGUGCUUCGCAGCGUCGGACAGAUCGAUGCUGGUGCCGCUGGAUUGGCCCUCACAUAUGCCGUCACUUUCACCGAGAACGUCCUGUGGUUUGUGCGACUCUACUCCGCCAACGAGCAGAACAUGAACUCGGUCGAGCGUAUCAAGGAGUAUCUCGAUGUCGAACAGGAAGCCGCGCCCGUCAUUCCCGAGAACAGGCCACCAGCCAACUGGCCAAGCCAAGGUUCGGUCGAGUUCAUCAACUACAGCACACGCUACAGGCCCGACUUCGACAAGGUGUUGAAGAAUGUUACGUUCAAGAUUCUUCCCGGCGAGAAGGUUGGUGUCGUUGGUCGCACAGGUGCAGGCAAGAGUUCUCUCGCCUUGGCUCUAUUCCGAGCACUGGAAGCAGAGGAAGGCAAGAUUCUCAUCGAUGAAAUUGACGUGGGCUUGAUCGGUCUUCAAGAUUUGCGAGAGAAUAUCGUCAUGGUACCGCAAGAUCCUACACUAUUCACCGGCACCAUUAGGAGCAACUUGGAUCCCUUUGGCCUCUUCACCGAUGAGGAGAUCUUCCAAGCCCUGCGCGAGGUCCAUCUCAUCUCCUCCAACACCUCCAGCGCCACGUCGAUUGCAAGCUCACCAGAACGCCCAAGCACUCCUCAGCAGGCCAUCGAAAUCCCCAACUCCACGUCGGCACCAAUCGUAUCGGACAUCAGUGCAAGCUUCAACGUAGGCUCUACGACGCACCCGUCGUCUAUCCUUGCAAACCCCGAAUGGCACCACGCAAACGCGGCCAAUGAUACGAUCCUGGCCAUACCUAGCGCAUCCGCUGCGAGUGCUGAGCAGCCAGCUGGCGGCGCCGCACAGAGUGACAACAAGAAUCCCUUCCGCAACCUCAACUCGCCUGUCUCGGAGUCCGGCUCCAACCUUUCCCAAGGUCAACGCCAGCUCUUGUGUCUCGCUCGAGCAUUGCUCAAGGCUCCCAAGGUCCUUCUCAUGGACGAGGCCACCGCCUCUAUCGAUUACGCCACUGACGCCAAGAUCCAAGAAACCAUCCGCGAGAUCAAGAACACCACCAUCACCAUCGCCCAUCGUCUGCAGACUAUCAUUGAUUACGACAAGGUGCUCGUCCUGGACAAGGGUGAGGUGAUUGAGUUUGGCGAUCCAUGGGAUCUCCUUCAAAGCAAGCACUCUUUCCACGACAUGUGCGAGACCAGCGGCGAGAUCAGCACCCUAGAGAAGCUUGCGAAAGAAGCACACGAUUCCAGGAAGAAGGCCAAUGCUACGGCUUAGGAGACAAGCAUGUUGUGGCGAUUGUUGGGACUACAAUGAUAGGACGAAUACACACAUAGACGCGGAGCCAGCCAUGCUACUAUGAAAGACUGAUAGAUAUCGGAUGGACGGAUACAUACAUUGGCAUCGACGGCCUCUCUCUCUCACUCACGACAUACGUAUCGCUCUCCGCAUU